AAGAUCUUAAAAUUAUUGAUGGCUUUGUUGAGAGGGCCUCAGUUGAAAUGACGUGGAGAAGACCGGGAAAAACAAAGGAGUUAUUCCAUGGGACAAUUGUGAAGACGGGAGAAGAUGAGAACAGUCUGCUGUCAUAUGCUACACAAGCAUACAAUGCAAUUCUGAAAGGGAAAGCUCUGUCUGAUGGCAUACAGGGAGCUCCCGAAGAGCUGUAUUCCUUCAAUGUUAAACGAGGCAUCAAGUCUGGAUCUAAGAGAGAAAGGUCCAAGACAGAGAGGCUGAGGGCCAGUGAAAUUCAGGAUGACCAGCUUAGUCCAAAAAAAAAGCAAAAAAAAGAAGUGGCAAAACAACUAUUGCCAAAGGAAAAGAAACAAGAAACAUCUGAAAUUAUGGGACCUAAAUCUCCAUCGACAGCUCUUAAAACUGCAGCUUUACAGACUGGACGAUUGAUGCUAGACAUGCAUCGUCAGUUUGAUUUAGGGAGUGACACUGAAAACACUGCUGGCAUGCCUUUAUCUAAAAAUAAAAAUGAGACAACCUCACAGUGCGACCAGUUAUUACCAGUACUUACAACUACUCCUGUAAAGGACACAAUGCAGCCAAAUCAAAUUUGUGAACAAGUAACAUCACCAGUUUCACUUCAAAAGACAUGGACUGCCUGUCAGUCAGCAAUGGACAUAGUGAAUUACAUGCCGCCAGCAUCUGACAGCAACAGGCAGUAUAUUCCAGCUCCAACACCUGAAGUGUUGCAGACACUGCAGGCAAUAUGUCAACCAGAAUUUGUCACCUUCCUGAGAAGUCUUGUCACUCAUUUCAAAAAUGACAGCGGUGGAAAUUCUUGCUCUCAGUCUUACAGCCAGACAAGUUUCAACCAGGCAAGUUUUUUAAUGGAUCUGAUGGAUCGCACUGACGCGCCUACACAUACUAGCCUGUAUGAACAACCCGGAUUGAAUGACAGUCUAAAUUUGUCUUCACCAAUCCAAUCCAGCACUCCUGCCAAAGUUUCAUACAAAACCGGACUACUGGCGACUGUAGUACCACAAGAGACAAGCCAAUCAUCAAGUCAGCACAAUCCUAGCGCAGCAAGAUACCAAUCAAAUGCGGAUGUUUCCAUGCCAUCUGUACGAAGAUCCCCGAGGAAGCCAAAAACUGUUAAUUCAUCAGAUAUGGUCAAACUCCUGGAACAUAGUGAUAUACUGAUAGACAGAGAUCUUAAAAGAAAGGCGUGCUCUGCAGCGAAGACAAAAUCUGGUAAGGAGGGAUCAGUCCUUCUUUACCGUCUCUGUAGUGGGCUUUUUUCUAUCAAGGAAAUGGCAACUUGCAGAGGUCUAGGCAUAGGCCAAGCAAAAUCAGACCCAUCUAGGCCUACCCUGGAUCAAGCAAAAGUCAAAUUACUGAAAGAUUAUGUUGUUACAUGGUGCAAAGCCGAGUCCAAACGUAUACCAACAGAGGCGGAGAUGAAUGGGGCGAUUACCGAAAGAAUUGGCUAUGCAAGAAAGCAGAUGAAAGCAAGAAAAUAGAACAAUUAAUAUUAGUCAUGUGCUUAGGAUCUGGUUAGAAAAAAAAUACUCUGGAAUAUUAUAGCAAAUUCUUAGUACAUUUGACUGAUAAGUGGACCAAUAUUUUUGUAACAUUUAUGCAUUAUGAAAGUGACAAUAAGAAAUGCCAUUAAUGACCUUUGCUUAUGUUGACAGAAAGAGUUUUGCCCGUUUUGUAUUCAUUUUAGAAUUUUUUAAUAAUGAAUUGUAGUGAUGUUUGAAUGUGUAAACUAAUUUAGCAUUGUUGUUGAAUUUCAAAAUGGUCAUGACACAAUCAUUUGUUUGGUUUGCUAUGUAAACUUCUUUUAAAAUUUAUAUUCAUGCAUAUAUAUUAAGAAUGUUGAAUUUUAUUGUGUGGUGUCCAUAACCUUUUUAAGUCUUGUAAUUCUAUGAAAAAUUACUAUAAAUCAAAAUCCAUUCAAACUGUAAUGUUUUUUUUUAAUUAUGAACAAAAAUAAAUGGU